AUGCCUCGCCAGUCUCGCCGUCAAGAACUACUCAACCAGAUAGACACUACUACUUUGGAUGUUACAAGGGCCUGGGUUGAACAUGCUGUAGCAGAAGGAGAUCUUAGUUCAUCUGAUGGCUCCUCUAUCUCUGAGGACAGUGUUAUUAGGACCCCCUCCCCACCCUCCCCUAUGUCUGAGACAUCUGACGGUUCGGGCUCAUCUGACAGCUCGGGCUCAUCAGACAGCUUGAUUCUGAUUCAUGAAGAAUUUGCUAGUAUUAUCGGCUCUCUUACUGCUCUUUGGGAUGAGGUGCAGACGGCCCGUGUUCUCCAUAUUCCUGAUGAGCCUUCUAUGUGGGCACCACAGAUCCAGCUUCUUGACCAAUUCACUCAGCAUCACCCUGACCUAUUCCGGAUGAAGCUACGUGUCAAUCCUGACAUUUUUGAUGAUAUCCUCGAUCAGAUUGAUAACCAUCCCAUCUUCCAUAAUCAGUCCAAUAAUCCCCAACUUCAUCAUGAAAUCAGCUUGGAGAUGCUUUGA